AUGGCCUCUACUCUGCCAGAGUUCAUCCAGCAAAAUUACUUGGUUGAGAGCAACGCUGCCCUCAACUCUCAGAUCCAGUUGCAGCUGUAUGCCACUUACAUCUACCUCUCCCAGGCCUUCUUCUGCAACCGAGAAGAAGUGGCCCUGGAGAACUUCGCACUCUUCUUCCUGACUCAGUCCCAGAAGUGGAUGGAGCGCACCGAGAUGCUGUUCCUCCUGCUGAGCGAGCGCAAAGGCUUCCUCACCCUUGGGAGAAUUGCCGAUCAAGGUCGUCACGACUGGUUUGAUGGCUUCAUGGCGAUGGAGUGUGCUUUCCACCUGGAGAAGACACUCAACCAGAGUCUCCUGCAGCUGUACCAGCUCGCUAACAGCAACGGUGAUAUCUACUUGUGCAAGCUCCUGAAGAGCCAUUUUCUCAACCGGCAGGUCGAAAUCAUCAAGGAGAUGGGUGGCUACUUGACAAACCUGCGCCAGCUGGGGGCUCCGGAAAAUCAUCUGGCUGAGUCCAUCUUCGACAAGCUCACCCUGGCCGAGACCACCAAGGAGAACUGAACUGGGACUGUCCCUGCUAUGGUGAUCUUCCUCAGAUCUUCCUCAG